AUGGAGGUGCCCAACGUCAAGGACUUCCAGUGGAAGCGCCUGGCGCCACUGCCCAGCCGCCGGGUCUACUGCUCCCUGCUGGAGACCGGGGGGCAGGUCUAUGCCAUCGGGGGAUGUGACGACAACGGCGUCCCCAGGGACUGCUUCGAGGUCUACUCCCCCGAGGCGGACCAGUGGACCGCCCUGCCCCCCCUGCCCACAGCCCGGGCUGGGGUGGCCGUCGUCGCCCUGGGAAAGAGGAUCAUGGUGAUCGGGGGAGUGGGCACCAAUCAGCUGCCCCUGAAGGUCGUGGAGAUGUACAGCAUCGACGAGGGCAGGUGGAAGAGGAGGAGCGUGCUGCGCGAGGCCGCCAUGGGCAUUUCCGUGACGGCCAAAGAUUACCGAGUGUAUGCAGCAGGCGGGAUGGGCCUGGACCUCCGUCCGCACAACCACCUCCAACACUAUGACAUGCUCAAGGACAUGUGGGUGUCGCUAGCACCCAUGCCCACCCCGAGAUAUGCUGCCACCUCCUUCCUUCGAGGUUCCAAGAUCUAUGUGCUGGGAGGACGACAGUCCAAGUAUGCAGUCAACGCCUUCGAGGUCUUUGACAUUGAGACUCGCUCCUGGACCAAGUUCCCCAACAUUCCCUGUAAACGGGCCUUCUCCAGUUUUGUGACCCUGGACGACAGCUUGUACAGCCUGGGAGGCCUGCGGCAGGGUCGGCUCUACCGGCAGCCCAAGUUCCUCCGGACCAUGGACGUGUUUGACAUGGAGCAGGGGGGAUGGCUGAAGAUGGAGCGCUCCUUCUUUCUCAAGAAGCGACGAGCAGACUUUGUGGCUGGCGCUCUGAGUGGACGGGUCAUAGUGGCCGGAGGACUUGGGAACCAGCCCACUGUCCUGGAGACUGCAGAGGCCUUCCACCCAGGAAAGAACAAGUGGGAGGUGCUCCCAGCCAUGCCCACGCCCCGCUGUGCCUGCUCCAGCAUCGUGGUCAAGAACUGCCUCCUGGCCGUGGGGGGCGUCAACCAGGGUCUGAGUGACGCGGUAGAAGCCCUGUGUGUCUCUGACUCCUAGCUGUCCUAGGCCCAGCGCCUUUGCCCUGGACCGGAUCACCUGACUCUUGACAAGAGAAAUGGUC